AUGGUGGUGUUUACAUUUCUGCUAUUGCAGUUAAAUUAUUCAUACACCAAGGCCACGAUUGUGAGUGCUGUCAUGGGAAGUGUAUUGACGCUGGGCUUAGCGUUUUCUUCGGUUUGCAGAUGUGUUUUUAUGAUGGUGAUGCCGCAACUUUUUUCGGAAAGGGGUCGACAUGCUUUGCUCGUGUAUGCGUUUAUUUUGUGUUUCGCCGGACCUUCGAAAAACACCAUGCACAACACAGGAGUGCUAUCAGAAUCCCUUACGUGUCUACAAGACGAGAUCAAGUCGGCCAUUCGAGCGAUAGUGCAAAUCAUUAAGCGGCCGUUGUUAGCAAUCCGGUCAUCGUUAGCGAGGAUAAAAGUAGAACUGGCCGCGAUGGUGGAGAAAAUGAAAAAAGGAAUGUUGGCCGUCAAAAACACAGUGGCCGAAUUAGUUCGAACCAUUAAAGUGGCAUACGAAUGGUUGUAUAGCAUUAUGAGUAUAUGCAAUAAAAAAGUCGGUACACCGUUUCAGAGGUGCACUAGAGUCUUCGAUAACGCCCUGGAAGACUGUAAGAUUACUGUGCCGUCUUCAUUGAGCUGGAUGUGUUCAAUAUCCUAUGUGAUCUCGCACGUUUGCUACACGGUCAAGUUCCUAGACAGUCUUUGCGAAUUUUUCGAGUUCAUCAACGAAUCGAUAUUUGGCGCCAUAAGGGCCAGUUUAAAGAAUUAUGUGCGACACAUGAAGAACAUGUUCUACGUGUCGAUCGACUACCAGCAUUCGUUCGCAUUCGAGUCGAAGCCAAGUAAGAUGACCAGUGACGUUGUCCGUAACAUCAUAACCGAAAUCAAGUACAGAAUAGAAAAAGCAUUUUUUCUGUUCGAUUGGGCAGGAUCGGUUUUUUCGAUAUUCUUCCUUUACGUUUUCUUCAAGGCGUGGCAGUACAGACGCAAAUAUUUGACGACCGAUUCGUUCGAUAACAAGUACCUUACACAAGAACUAUACGAACUCGACGAAAGAAAGUUAAUCCUCGAACGACCAACCAUCAUGCCAUUGACGAGAUUCGAAAAGAAUAGAUACAUCGAGAGAACUUCCAUUCGGUUGUUGUCCACGGAAAAGACAGCUUUGUUCAGAUCUUUGGCCGUAUUGGUGUUGGCUACGUUUAAAAUUACCGUACAAAUGGCAAUCGACUACAGCCUUUAUUGGAUACUCAGAACUGUCAGGAAAUAUGGCAGACUAUCGUCACAACUAGACCCUCCCAGUGUGCUCGAUGUGAAUGUCGAAGGCGACGGAUUGUUAGCCGAUUUGUACAGGACUAUAAUACACACCUUUCGACCAGUGGCCAAUCAAAUGGACAUGGACACAAUGAAAUGUCUACCGAACCCAUUACCGCCGGAUUAUCAUCGUUACCGGCAGAUCACCACCGUGUUGAUUUUGACGUGGUUUCUGGCGAUAAUGCAACCGUACGGUUUGCGAUUUCGGUCAUACGUAAUGGGAUAUUAUCACCCGGACGUAGCCAGGACCAGAGCGGUAUGGCUUCAUAAUCGCAUUCUUCGAAGAAGGAUUAAUUUCAUUACGUUUGCCCGUCGGUUUCUGCGAAGAAAAUUCGGCUUGGACGGAACCGCCGAGACAUCUGCCGAUCCUUCGUUUCUCGAUUAUGUUUAUUCAAAAUAUCCAUUUCUUGAGCAUAUAUGGCGACGCAAAAAACAAAUAGUUUGUCUGUUGUGCGGUUACAAAGCCAAAGAUUCGGACUUUAAAAAAGGCAAUAUGAUGAAAUGUGAAAACGAAAAUUGCAGAGGAGUUUAUUGUUCCAAAUGUUUCGCAGACAUUAACAACCGAUGUACCCUGUGCAAGAAACCGAUUGAUUAUGGAGACGCGACUGACAUAAGUGAAGAAAAAGAUAGUUCGGAUGAAAAUCAAGAUAAAAUCAAUAAAUUGCCGAAGAAAAGAAAACGUCCAAGAAUCUUUAAAAAACAGACAGUUUCGGUUUACCACACUGUAACGGUAUCGUUGGUCUCCCACGAUUCGGGUGACGAAGGCGACGACGAAAGCUCCGGCGAAGACUCGAGUAGCUCGUGCAGCACCAUAUCGAAUUCAUACGAACACGAUCCGAACUAUGUAAACGCGCCGUUGAACUGUGUCAAUAUGAUUUUAUAUAGCAGCAACGAUUUAAGACGGAGAGGUCCCACACUGAGUGUUUGA